AUGCAUAUUUUGAUUGGCCAGCGCAAUUAUGCGGCCGCCCUAACACCGCGACAAUCAAUUGGUCAUAAAGGGAAUGAUGAGAGCGGACUGUUUAAGCAACUAUUAUCAAAUUGUGCAAGAACUAGAAAAGGCUCGAGAAACCGUAAAAAAUAUGAACGAUCAAUAUUACGUCUGGAACGUUUAAACAGCUUAAGGGGUGCCUUGGAAUAUGUUCGUUCACAGAUUUCUUUGAAAAAUCGAUCCAUUAUACCCAUAGACGAAAUGUUAACGAAAUUAUCUAAUGAUAAAGUUUUCACUGACUACUUACAGAAG